GCAGGAGCGAACACACCAUGGGGCGGAGUGCGGGCCGGAAGAGAAAGUCCCAUGGCGGCAUCCGGUUGAACUCGAUCGAUGAACCAGUCCAGGACGCGCUGUUCAAGUUGCGCGCCAAGCGAACCUCCAAACUCACGUCGAACCAACGGCGCCUCCUGUCGUCCUUCGACUUGGCGUACAACGCAUUACCGACAGAACUCAUGACUGGCCCCGACUUAAAUCUCUCGAUGUGGAGCCUCAUCGUGCACGACACAUGCCUGGAAAAACUCGCAACCGUUCAAGCCCAUGUUGCGUGGCCAUCGACCAACCAAGUCGCCGACGACGCGACAGUCAGCUCUAUUGCGAACCUCCUACCAGGCACGAAGCGAGCUUCAUCGCCGACUUUACGAGCCAAGCCAGCGGCUUCCAGCGUUCGCUUCAAUCUGCAAGGAGCUGAGCAUGUCACAGACGCGGGGGUGCGUCACGCCAUUUCAUCGUUCUCGGGACGGCUCCAUGCACUUAAUCUCAGCCGCACGGCCAAGCUGACCGACGACCUCGUGCGAUGGGUCGCCGUGAAUUGUAAGAAUCUCCACGAGAUCGACUUGAGCCACAUGCCGCAUCUCGGGGGCAUGGGCGUAGCGGCCAUCGGCGAAGCCUGUCCGCUUCUCCACGUGUUUUCCGUGCAUGGGUGCAAGCACAUCCCUGAGUUUGCCCUGCUUAAAGUCGCCAACGGCUGUCCCAUGCUGACGCUUUACGACGUCUCCCACUGCUGCCACGCGACUGACGUGGUGCCACGGACACUGGCUGGUACAUGCCCCAACCUCCAGCACUUUCACGCACAAGGUUGUAAAGAGAUAUCGGACAUGGGCAUUCUGUCCCUCUCAAACGGUUGCCACGACCUGCUCCACGUCGACUUGAGCCGCACUGACUUUCAGUACAAACUUACCGACAUGGCGCUCUUGCCGCUGUCGGAGCGCUGUAAACUUCUCCAACACGUCAACGUCGCGGGCUGCGACUACCUGACAGACGCAGGGUUGAGCUGGCUCGCGGCGGGUUGUUCGGCGCUGGCCCACCUAAACGUGGCGCACUGCGUCAAGCUCACCGAUUUCUCCCUCCGUGCGAUAGCAGACGGGUGCAUAUGGCUCGAGUUUCUCGACAUCUCUGGGUGUCCUCGCAUAUCAGACGUUGGGUUGCGAUACAUUUCGACGGCUUGCCGGGAGCUGCACACGCUUCGACUGCGCAGCACCAUCUUGAUCUCGGACGGGAUGAGCCUCGGGCGAGACAAUGCUCAAGGGCUUGCUGCGCUCAGUCAUGGAUGCCAACGCUUGCAGCACCUGGACUUGACCAAGUGCCUCCGUGUGGAUGAUGUCGCAUGCAAGCAAAUUGCACGCGGGUUUCACGACCUCCGAACGCUCUGCCUCCAUGAGUGCUGCAAGGUGUCUAGCGACGGCAUUCGCGAGAUGGCCCGGCACUGCCAUCGACUCACGCAGUUGGAUCUGUCCUACUGCCGCCUUGUCGACGACGCCGCGCUGGUUGCGAUGGGCUCUUGCAACCUGCCUCUCCUCCAGUCUCUGCGCCUUCGAGAAUGCGAGCGUGUUACAACUGCAGGCAUUCAGAGCGUCUGCAAAGGAUGCACAUACAUCCACACGUUGGAUGUGACCGGGUGCCACCGGCUCGAUGACAUGGCGCUGCUCGCGCUUUCCGAUCACUUGAUGGACCUUCAGCACCUUUGGCUCGCGGGAUUGAAUCGCAUCACCAUCGUCGGCGUGUCGUGGCUGGCCGAUCGAUGCACCAAACUCAUGGAGUUGGAUGUGUCGAACUCGGCCAUUUCGUACGUAGCCCUCAAGCCACUCCGCGCUGCCUGGAAGUAUGGCGACCUCCAUGAACACCACAAGGCGAGGGGGAUUGUUCCGAAGCAUCGUGCAGCCGACAUGAUGUUCUUGGACGAUUAUGGCACGUGCUGGAAGGCCGCGAUCAAGAUCCAGAGUUUGUAUCGGGCCAAGGUCGCCCGACGGGACGCUGCCCGUCGGCGCGAAGAAGCGCUGAUCCAUUGGGCUUCAUCCAAGAUGCAGAGUGUCUUUCGGGGCCGGCAAGCUCGAAAGUACGCCGCAGUGCAGCGAAUGCUACGACGGCAGCAACAUGACGCCGCCACGCGGAUUCAGGCAGCGUAUCGAGCACACGUCGCCCGUACUCUCACGGAGCGCCUCCGAAAGCAACGGGAGAAGGAGCGAUACGUGGCCAUGGUGAUCCGCGUCCAGUCGGCGUGGCGAAGGAAACAAGCGCGCGACAUAUUCAACUCGAAGCGCAUGUUGAAGCUCGCGAUCGAGGCGAGGCGCGAGGCGUCGGCGACGGUCAUUCAGCGAGCUUUUCGAGCGUAUGGGUGGCGCAAGCGCAACUUGCUCUACUCGACGGCACUCAAAGUAAAAAAGGCAGAAGAAGAAGCGGCGGCAAACAAACUCCAGCUCCUCUACAAAGGUCGCGCGGCGCGACUCGAGGCCCAGCGAAAACGGGAAGCAUUGCGGCUGCUCCAACGAAAGAAAGAUCAAGCCGCCCAGUGUUUGCAACGAGUGAUUCGCCGGCGGCGGGACAAGCGCCUGCGGCAGCGACAGCUCGAUGAAGAAGCCAAACUGAAUGCGGCUGCUCAGAGGAUUCAACGACGGUUCCGAAGGCGACAAGACAUGCUGUCGUACCAACUGAUGAAACUCGGCCGUGAGUUUCAAGUGAGAACGGAGGCCGCGCUGCGUCUCCAGGCUGCAUGGCGACGCAAACAAGGACACAUGGCCAAGCACAUGCUGCGGGUGCUCAAGGACGAGCAGUACCAACGACGGGUACAGGCAGCCACAAAGCUCCAGACGCGGUGGCGAGGGCGACUGGGUCGUGCGGCCGCACGGGAAGCCCAGCAAGCCGCAAUUCAGCGGUUGGUGAAGCAAGCAAAAAUGGAAAACCACUUGGCGACCGUCAUCCAGGCGGGAUGGCGGGGCCAGAAGGGCCGAAGGCGGUAUCGAGAAGCGGUCCAUGCGCGGAAGCGGCGGUGGAAGGAAGUACCGAAUACGGCGACGGGGACCAAGUGCUAUUUUCACCAAGACACGGGCGAAAUUCGCCAGCGCAUGCCUCAAGACUUGCUGGAUCUGCUGCCCAAGCCCCGCUGCAACGAUUGCGAUGUCGAGGCAGCGAUGACUGAAUGCGGGGACUGCGGCGAGUUUUUUUGCAGCGAGUGCUGGCACGCCAUCCACGCCGGCGGUCGACGUCGUCGGCAUCGGUUCCGAACGCUGUACGACUACUACGGGAAGCGCAUUGACUACGGCGACGGCGAGUUUCCAUCAGUGUGGCCAUCCGAGAUUGCUCAAGACGAGUUGGACGGGUGGUACCUUCGCACGAGUCCAUUUCGGGAACCAGUUUUGGUCCUGGGUGACUGGGAAAAGUACGUUGACGACUCGACCCACCGCGAAUGGUACUUCAGUCGAUCGACCAAAGUCAGCACGUAUCUGCCACCACCAGCGUUCAAAGCCACAGCACAGGACAUCGCGCUCGCCUGGGUGCGCAAGCAAGAUGGCCCGAACCAAAUCCCAUACUACUUCAACGAGAAGACGGGACAGCGUACAUUCGACCGGCCGCCGACGUUUGUUGAGAAAGAGGACGCCGAUGCCGCGCUUGAAGUGAAAGGCGUGGAGCAGGUCGCGGCUGGGGUGGAACGCGCUCAACCAACACCGACGGAUGCAAGCUCGUAUGGCGUUGACAUGGGGAAUGGUUGGAUGCAGUACUGGGACGACACGUACCAAGUCUACUUUUACUACAACACGUACACACAGGAGUCGACGUACACACCACCCGACGGCGCCAUGGACAGCAUCGCAUUGUGAGAUUGGAGUGUUGUAGAUGCAGCUUAACUUAACGAGCAGGAUCGAAUAAUGCAGCGUGCAAGCUGCGCUGGACGUCGCGUGCAUCGCGUUCGAGUUGUGCUGAAGAUGUCAUGUAGUCGUUGCAAUACGCGAGUUGUGCUUGCUUCGUGCUGUCCUGGUGCAUGAGGUCAAAGUAGUCAACGAUUGCAGCCCCCAUCUCGCCAAGCUUGGAGACACAUCGAAGCAAACUCGCACGGUCGGGAAACCGGCACAGAAAGUACCGCGAUCCUUUCUGGAUUCGGGCAACGAGCUUCCCCACGACAACCCUGUCGGGCCUUGGAAAUGACCGCUGGAACGUUCCUGGGUCUUUAAAGCAUACUGAGUCGUCCUCGACGACCAGGUCGUACAGCUUCUUGGACUGCUUGAGCUUGCUGUCGACUUUGAGCACCAACCUGGCGCGGAAGUGCAUUGCUCACGGCGGAUUUUGUCGAUUGGCG